AUGCCCGGAACCAACUUUAACGCGCAACUCGAUGAAGUCAUCCGUGAAAGAGACCAGUUGCGUGAGAGAUACAGUCAAGCUAUGCUCAUCAUAAAAACCCAACAAAACGUGAUCAAGAAAAUGGUCAAUGACUUCAAAACAACCUUCGAAAGUGUAGAUCAAUUAGAGAAGAGAUGCAAUGAUUUGGUUGUUAAAUUCGCAAAUCUUCGCAUCGAGGGAAUCCCAACUUGCGAUGAGACCGUUCACGCAACCAACGUUUCCGUCAAUGCGGCGAUCGGAUCUGAGCAAGAAAUCGCCGAGAGUGAAGCAAAGGCCAUCAAAAAGAGUGGAGGGCGCCCAGAGGGAGAAGAUGACAAUAUUGGUCCACGUGACAUCUAG